GCGUUAUUAGUGUCUGUCAUUUACAACUGUCAAAAUAUAUUUCCAAAACAUGAACGGAAUUGUAAUUUUUGCUUUUGUAUCAGUUCUAGUAAUUGGUUUAUUUGAUACAGCCAAUGGUGCAAAAAAGUGUUACGGAUGCGGAAAACUCGGCGGAAAUUGCGACAAACAGUUCCAAGUUGAAGUAAUUUGCAUUAAAUCCGAUGCCAAAUGUUACACUGCCAAAGAUACAAAAAGUGGCAGUACCUUGAAGGGUUGUCUUGAGAUUGAAUCUCUUUGCCAAAAUACAGACACAAAAAAAUGCUGGACAUGUAGUUCCGAUUUGUGUAAUGGGAGCUUAAAAAUUGGUUUCAAUUUUUUUGUAUUGGCGGCACCAGGGUUUUUGCUUUUGUUUAAUAUGUUUUUGUAAUUUAAUAUGUUUUUACUUGAAUCAUUAUGUAAAUUUUGUUUGAGUGAAAUAAAGGACGUUUGCUAACUAUUGAA